AUGGAGAAUGGUGGAGCUCAAGCGCCCGUUAAUUGUGAUCUCUGUGAAAUGGAUUCUUUCGCAAAUUGGAAAUGCAUGGACUGUCAACAAAGAUUAUGCGAUUCAUGUUACAGAUAUCAUCUUAAACUUGCAGGAACGAAACAUCACACAAUUCUAAGUUUUUUGAAGUCCUCCUCUGAAGGUCAAGGCCAAAAUAUUUCACUGCAGGAAAAUGACACUGGGAAAACAAUGGCAGUUGAAAUACGCAAAACACAUCCAAAAAUAGAAGAAAUUCUGGAAAAAGUCGACGAAAAGGAAACGGCAUUGUCUAUGUUUGAUCACACAGUCGACCAAUAUGAAAAAUACCGCUCUGAAUACGAUAGAAUCGUGACUGAAAACAAGGCCGAAAUUUCCGAGUUGGGAGAGAAACUGAGGGAAAAUCUAGAAAGCAUUGAGAAAGAAAUGAUUCACGCCAUUGAUGAGAAAUAUGCUACCGACAAAACUUCUCUUGAGCAUUUCAUAAAAGAAACCCAAACAUUGAAAGAGAAACAUACAAAACAAGUAAAGUACAUCCGGCAGAUUCUGUCAAGUUUACAAGAUGCUGAUGACGAUACGGUGGAACAAUUUGCGAAAGACACCCUACCAAAGCUGGCAGCAAUGCAGAUUUCAAGCUCAGCAGCUACGGAUCUCCCAAAGCCUCUAAAAAUAGAAGUUGGAAAGCAGAGUCUACGGUCCGUAGUUGGAACACUAGUGGAAGACAAAAGUUUUGACUCUGAUCAGAAGACUUCUUAUAGAAAUGAGUUCGAGUUCGAACUGAAAUUCAAACCCGAAAAUGGAAGGUCCAGUAUCUACAGCAUACAGAUACGUCCUGACGGCAAGGCCUGGGUGACAACACUAAAUUACCGAGUGUACUUAGUGCUGAGGUCUGGGCAUAUUCAUCAGGAAUAUGUAGUUAAAUUUCUGCCUACCUACACCACAGUUAACCGGUUUGGUAACCUUUUCUGUUCCAGUGGUCAGUCGGCAAUACACGUCAUCAAACCGGACUAUACGAUAACAGAAUUUGAGAACCUAGCCCCAUACAACACGUUUGGUCUUCACACUAACAAAGAUGACCAGCUUUUGGUGUGCUUGCAGAAAUCAAACACUCCUGGAAAAGUUGCAAUCUUCUCCGACAAGGGCAUGCUCUUAAAAGAAAUAUGCUUAGAUUCUGCAGACCAACCGAUGUUUUCUGCUCCAAGAUAUGUGACGGAAACAUCAAAAGGAGAUGUUUGCGUCGUCGAUAAUAAGCAUCUAAUAGUUGUUGAUGCAUCCGGCAAAUCAUGUUCGAAGUACAAACCUGAAGAAGAUUGGGAGGGCAAGUCUAUCAUAGUAGAUUCGAAUGACAAUCUAUUAAGCGCCGUUUGCCCUUUGGAGUUUGUACCGCUUACCGUCCACGUAACCUCUGUCAAAGGACGAGUCCUGAAGCGAUUCACGUUAGAAGGACCGGGGAUGUCCGGUAUUAACGCCUUGGCCAUAGACCAGCAGUAUGAGGAACCAGUUCUCUGGAUUGGUACCCCGAAUGGUCAUGUGCUCGUAGCAAAGUUUCUUGACGCUUAG